GCUGGGAGUGCCUUCUGCAGCGGAAGCAGCGCCGGAGGCCAGGAACUUGGUCGCCUCUCCUCUCCUUCUCCUGCCGCCUUUUUGCCGCAUUGGCUGGGCCUCCUGCUGGUCCCGGGCCUCCGUCUUCUCCGGGGAGGAUGAGCCUGGAGUCGUCGGGGGAGGCCGGGCUGUGGCCCUCGCAGCCCCUCUGGAGCCCCACCCACCUGGAGCUGGCCCUGCUGGGCUGCCGGGGGCUAAGGACCAAGGGGGGCUCGCCCUCCUUCUGGGCCGAGGCGCAGCUGGGCCGCCAGAGGCUCCGCCUGGGGCCCCCGGCCUCCUCCUCCUCGGCCCCCAAGUGGCAGGCCCUGGAGCUGCCCCCGGAGAUCCCCGACGAUCCCCAGACGCCGCCGCUGCUGCUCCGGCUGAGCCUCUGGCAGAAGAGCCUGGUGGGGCCCGAGCGCUUCCUGGGGGCCCUGGAGCUCCCUCUGGGGCCCCAGCUGCUCCGCCUCCGCCAAGGGGCCCCCAGGGGCCAGGAGACCCGGUGGUACAAGCUCCACUCAAAGCCCGGGAAGAAGGAGAAGGAACGCGGUGAGGUCCAGCUGAGCCUGCAGUUCACGCGCCAGAGCCUGACGGCCAGCAUGUUUGACCUCUCGGCCAAGGAGAAGCCUCGCUCGCCCUUUGGCCGCCUGAAGGACAAGAUGAAGGGCCGGCAGAAGUAUGACCUGGAGUCGGCCUCAGCCAUCGUGCCCGGCAGCUGCGCGGCCCUGGAGGACGACCUGGGCCUGGCCGAGGUCAAGAAGGGUCUCCGGCUGGGCAAGGGGGGCUUCUUCUUCAAGGGGAAGCUGCGCAAGUCCUCCCUGACCCAGUCCAACACCUCCUUGGGCUCCGACAGCACCCUCUCCUCUGCCAGCAGCCUAGGGGGCAUCGCCGGCCUGGAAACCCUGACCCCUUCGCCCAGCCGGCAUAGCAGCCUCUCCACUGACCGCUCGGUGAGAGACUUUCUACCUUCACCAAAGCUGACCCACAAGAGAGCCUUCAGCGAUGAGGUCUCCCAGGUCAACCUGCUGCCCGAAUCCAAAUCGAUCCAGAGCCUGAAGCCUUCUGGGAAGGAGCCCAUCUCCCGCUCCUCGCUCUGCAUCAACGGAAGCCAUAUCUACUGUGAGGAACCGUCUCCCAAGCCUUCCUCUUCCUCCCCAGCUCCGGCUCCGGCUCCGGCUCCCCUUCCUCCUCUUCCCUCACAGAGCCUCCCUGACAAGCCGGAGGAGGGCCCUGCUGUGGGUCCCCCGGCCCCUGAGCCGGAGCUUCCGCCGUGGUCCAGCAGCCGUGGCCAGAAGGGCCCCCCAAAAGACCCCCCCAGAUUCAUCCCUUCUCCUCCGAUCUUGGCCGCCCAGGAGGAGGACAAGCUCUCGGUCAAGACCAUCGCCCUCAACAAGCACCGUGGCCGGGCCAAGAAGGAGGAGGCCCUGCGGGCGGAGAGCAGACCAGUCCAGAUUGCGGCCCCGCUGGUCUUCUCCUCGGAAGUGGUCAGGGUCUGGCCCCACGAAAGGAUCCCAAAAGAAGAGGAGGACCAGGAGGAAGGAGGAGAGCAGGAGACGAAGAAGAAGAAGGCAAGGUCCGGAUUCUUCCGUCGGAGGAGUAGCAGCAAAGACAGCGGGACGAGUCACGCAACAGCGGCAGUGGUGGAAACUACGGUGCCCUCGGACCCCUCGAAUCUUCCACCACGAGGUGGAGGGGAAGAAAGAGGCCGGAGUGGCAGUGCCAGCAGCUGGUUCGGCCGUCACGAUUCCAAGGAGAGGAAACCCAGCCCGCAUGUGGUCAAGCCCAUCAGCAGCACUUCUGGGCCAGAGAUGGUGAAGGGGGACGAGGGGGAGAAGCCCAAGCCCAGCAGUACCGUGGUCAGCCUGGAGGAUGGAGUCCCUUUGCCCUCACAGCUGGGAAAAACAGAAGCCAAAAGGGACCCUUUGGACCGGGCUGCCCAGUACUACCACUUGACCCACGAGGAGCUGGUCCAGCUGCUGCAGAAGCGAGAAGCAGAGCUGAGGAAGGAGAAGGAGCACGUCCGGGAGCUGGAGAACUACAUCGACCGACUGCUGGUGCGCAUCAUGGAACAGUCGCCCACCCUGCUCCAGAUCUCCCUUGGAAGGGAGGCCAAGGCUGCCAAAUAAUCUCCCAGACCCCUCACUACCACCACUUUCCCAUCCCUCAGCUCUUCAGCAAAACCUCCACAGCCCGACAUCCCCCUCCCAUUGACUUCUUUCCCCCACACGGUGCCCUCUCCUUGCUUGGCACCCCACACGGUUCUUGCCGGACGUUCUGUGCUGCUUCCUCUGUGGAAAGGGCCAAAGGGACAGUCCAUUCGUGGUGAUGGUGAUGAGGGGCUGCCAGGUGCUUCCACCCAAUGACUUUCUUUCCUGUCCUGGACAGGAUGUAUCUCCAAAGGGCACGCAGUUGGCAAUACCCCUCGCACUCAUCCUAGCAUUGCAGGGCAGACUGGACCCCUGACCUUCCUCCCCACGUCAGGGCAGAGCAAAGCCUCCUUCCUGUGGCUUGUUCGUCCGGCCUCUCAGCCCUCCAGGCUGCCUCCAUGGCUCCCACUGCCCACCCGUGUCCAGUAUUACUCCUCCAUCUGUUGAGCUGCUGCAAGACUUGAGCUUGCUGUGAAUGGGUCUCCUCUGAGGGGAAAGGCAGAGCUUGCAAAGGUUCGCUCCUGAGAGCCAUAGCAGGAAAGAGAAGUGGGUCUGGGAUAGGGUCUAAUCUCCAAAAACCAAAAACAGAAAGAAAAAGCCCCGUGCCACAGACACACUCCUUCCUCUUCCCGACAACAGCUCCAGGAGCAGAGAGAUCACCCUCAGCCUCUCAGCUUUUCUCCUUUUUGCAGAAUAAGCAGGUGUGGCAGAGUUUUCUGCAGCGGAAACUAUGCGAGGCACCUAUAAAGUGGUCGCACAAAGCAUUAGAACAUGUGCAUGCUUGCAGAAGGAGCUGCGGUUGCGUGCGGUGGUGCACAGUGACCCACUUUCCUCUGCACCACCUUUGCAAAGGGUUGUGUUCAGUGCUUCCCAAGUCACCUGGUGUUGGACCCUGCCUCCCAUGACUCCUGGCCAGUGGCCAUAUUGACCACAAGGGAGAGCCGCACGCAUCCACAACAAGUGUCCCCAGUUUGCUCUUAUAGCAGAGGAGUGAGUCCAGCUCUUGGCUGACUUUUGCAUUUAGCAGAGACACCCCUCUCCAGACAUCUACCCUUGUUAAUGGUCAGUCCUAUGGCCUUUUGCAUAGCUGGGUCUUAGGGCUGUCUUUUUUUCUCCCAGGAGCUGGAACUUGCCAACUUUAAUAACAACAAUAAUAACAUUUCCCCAACUUUGUCUUUGCUGCUGCGGUUCUUUAAUGGAAGUGUCCAUUGGUCUGGGCUUCUUCUCGGCAGAACUCUGCCCAUUUUGGCCGGAGCUGCCUAGUGGUCUUCCGAGGGGAGUGAGCAGAGUUAAGCAAAGGGUGUUGUUGUUGUUGUUGUUAUUUUUGUUGUGAGUGUUCCUGCACAGGAGCCUUGGAGUUGUGAUGUGGGAGAGGGGAGGCGUAACAUCAGAGGUUUUGUUCUUGCGCUUCUAUUCCCGGCAGCAGUUUCUCCCCAAUUUGAGUCUCCUGCCAGAUCACUCAUGACCUUCAGUAUUAUUUUCGGUUUGGGAAUAACUGGCCGCGUUUCCUUCUGACACUUUGCCCUCAUUGGGGCCCAGUUGCUUUUGUUUACUGUUUCGUCCUGGACUUUUCUCCUGACCGGAAGGAGAUGGUGCCAGGUGAUCCGGGUCAAAGUCUUCCUUUUCCAUUGAGCAUGUUUGGGAGCACCCAGAUCCUCCCUCCUUCCUCCCCGUCCCAAUGUCUUGCCAUUAAGGGGUUUCAGCUGGCACUUGGGGGUCCCCAGGGAAGAGGUGCUCACUUGUAUUAAGUGUCCGGGAAUGCUGCCAGCAGACACUUGACAGUAGCUGAUAACAGAGCCUUAGCACAGUGGAAGUGAAAGUAAAGCAGACCUUGCAAGGAACCAGUCUGAGAGCAGUCCGAGAAAACAAGC